CUCAGCUUAGUCACAUUCAAAUCUCUUUAUAUAACACUUAAGGUUUCAUCUGAUCUUUCCGACCAAAAGAACAAAAAAAAACUACAAACAAUGGCUGACGCAACGGAAAAAGCUGAGCAUGACCGUAUUUUCAAGAAAUUUGAUGCUAACGGGGAUGGAAAAAUCUCUGCGGCCGAGCUUGGAGAUGCUCUUAAGAACCUUGGCUCGGUCACACACGAGGACAUUAAGCGUAUGAUGGCCGAGAUCGAUACCGAUGGUGAUGGAUACAUCUCGUACGACGAAUUUUCUGAUUUCGCAAGUGCCAAUCGUGGUCUUAUGAAAGACGUCGCCAAGAUUUUCUAAGCUUAACUGACAAUAUGGUGCAUGUGAGAUUUAAUCAUGUUUAAUUUGUUUUGUAAUGACAAUCAUUUGAUUAAGUAUGUCUUUUUUUCUU